UACUAAUGGUGUGAUUUGUCAUGUUCUGUCAUACAAAUUUGAGUUCUAAGGAUCAGUUUUUAGAACAAGCAAAAGCUGCUCGUCUAGAAAGAGCACAAGAAAAGAAAAGAGAACAAUCUGCUAUAUGUAUACAGUCACAUGUUCGACGCUAUCUAACAAGAUUGAAAUUAAAAAGUAAAAUUCGUAAAGAAUUUGAUGAAAUAUUUACUGAAGUAAGAGAAAAUGAUGGAAAGACAUCUUUGUCUGCAUAUGAAAUGUUUAAAGUUAUUAGAAAAUUUCUUUUUAUACUUGAAGAGGAAGAGGAUAAACAACGAUUUGAAACUGUUUGUAGAUAUGUUAUCACUAGUAUGGAUAAUAAUUCUUUGCAGCAAAGUUACAUAUCAGUAGCAUUGAAUAAAGAAGAAGCUGUUCUAUGGAUUCAACAAAUUAAAGCAUUGUUAUGGCAAUGUUGUAUUUACCUGAAACAUCUAAAGCCUGAAUGCCCCCAAGAUACAAAACCAUUAAUGUUGUAUCUCCAUAUGCUGGUUACUUUUACAAAUGCCAAUACAUGGAAAGUGUUUAAAGAUUGGCAAGGAGAUGCUUUAAAGAUUGCAAUGAAUCAACUUUGUGCAAAUAUUAUGAGUUAUUUAGUUACAAAAGGAAUGUAUGCUAAUCUACAGAUUAUAUUAAUUAAAGGAAUUGUUCGGUCAAAGCCUAGUUUAAAGAGAGCAGCUCUAUUAGCAAUUACAAAUCUUGCAAUUAGACCAUUAGUGGCAUGGCAAUUUUCAGAGAAUAUAAUGAAUCUUUUCCUUCUUCAUAUUUUAUCAGUACCAGCUUUGUUUCAUCAUUUAUCUAAUAUAUCACCAGAGUGUAUAACUGUUUUUUUAAGUCAUGGUAUUUUUAAGAAAAGCUUGGAAUUGCUUAUGACUGAACAAAAUACAAGGAUAUUAUUUAAUGUUCUUGAAGGAAAUUAUGCUCUUUGUCUGCUUGAGUUAUUUCACGUACUUCAUGAAGCUCAUUUGGCUAUUGGACACGGAGGACGUGAUAGAAUGUUGAAAGAACUUUCAAUCAAAUACAAAAAUGUUACACGUCAUGAUAUUGAACUGUACAUCCACCUUUGUGAACCUUGCCAGAAAAAACAGAAAGGUAUUAAAAAGGGCAUUGUUGUGAAACCUAUGAUUUUUUCCGAAUUUAAUUCCCGUUGUCAAGUAGAUCUUAUUGACUUUCAGUCUCAGCCAGAUAGAGAAUACAAAUUUAUUAUGGUGUACCAAGAUCAUCUCACAAAAUUUGUGAUUCUUAAGUCUCUAACGUCGAAAAGAGCUGAAGAAGUAUUAUCAAAUAACCUUUUGGACUUUAUGAAUGUUAUUACUCGAUUAUUGGAAAGUUGCCAAAAAUAUGUAGUAAAUAAGCAGUCAAAUUUAACUCAUUGGCAUCCGAUACUUGGUUGGUUUGCACAAAGCAUUGAUCAUGGUCUCCAUGAAUCUUUAAUAUAUGUGAAAAAACAACUGCAAUUAUUGUGGAGUGGACAAAUGAUAAAAGUAGUUUUUUCUCAUUUAUUUGAAAUGAAUGCUAACAACACUGGAAAUUUAUCACAAACUUCUGUUUCUACAACUGAAAAUUCUGUCCAGCAGUCUCCAUCUAGAUCUUCCAGUAUGUGUUCUGGAUAUCAUUGCCAAGAAAAGUGUCUAUGUAUCAUACAUUUUUAUGUUUUUCAGAAUGUUAUUACUCGAUUAUUGGAAAGUUGCCAAAAAUAUGUAGUAAAUAAGCAGUCAAAUUUAACUCAUUGGCAUCCGAUACUUGGUUGGUUUGCACAAAGCAUUGAUCAUGGUCUCCAUGAAUCUUUAAUAUAUGUGAAAAAACAACUGCAAUUAUUGUGGAGUGGACAAAUGAUAAAAGUAGUUUUUUCUCAUUUAUUUGAAAUGAAUGCUAACAACACUGGAAAUUUAUCACAAACUUCUGUUUCUACAACUGAAAAUUCUGUCCAGCAGUCUCCAUCUAGAUCUUCCAGUAUGUGUUCUGGAUAUCAUUGCCAAGGCAUUUUCAAAAAAGCAUUGGAAAGAGCAUCAUCUACAAGGUCAGGAAAUAUAAGAUAUAAGAGAUUAGGUAGUCCUGAAACUACAGUUGUAGCUUUAACAUGUUGUCUUUAUGAAACUGCUCUUGCAACACUAACUCAAAUGAAAUUGGACAUUCUUACAGGUCUUUGUUAUCAAGAUAUGGUUCUACCUAAUCUCUGGAAAUUUAUUUGUAGUCUUGGCCCUGGAAAUGGUUUAAAAGCUUUCCUUGAUCAUUUAGCAAUUACUACAAAAACAUGCAGUCCUGAGUUUCAGAUUCUCAUUUUAUUUUGUGAUUGUGCUACACAUCUUGUAACAAUUUUAGAUGAUCUUGAAAUGUAUGAACAGCAGAAACCUUUUACUUUAGAAGAAUUAGCUUCUAUUUCAACCUUUCUUAAUCAGUUAGUAUUUAAAUUAAUCUGGAACAGUCUUAUAGAUGUCAAAUUAGUAAACAUCAACCCACUAUUGACUUCGGCACAUACUUUAUUAAUGUUACUUUACAAACGAGAUUGUAGAAGAAGUUAUACUUCACCUGAUCAAUGGCUUAUCAAAGAUAUAAAAGUUAGCUCAUUCAUGAAUGAUCUUGAAAAAGGAAAGAAAACAGCACAGAUCUUAAUGCAGAAAGUUCCACAUAUUGUUCCUCACAAAGAAAGAGUUGUACUUUUUCGAAAAUAUGUUAACAAUGAAAAAGCAGUGUUAGGUCUUACAGAAUCAGCCUGUGCUUCUCCACAAUCUACUUUAAUUACAGUACAUCGGUCUCGCAUUGUUGAGGAUGGAUACCAACAGUUGGCAAUGCUACCACCUCAGUCUUUAAAAGGUGUCAUCAGAGUGAAAUUUAUUAAUGAACAAAUUACUAGUGAGCAGCGUCUGUAUCCAUCUCCAACAUCAUAUAUACAAGAAAGUCAUCUUUCAUUGUUUGAAUUUGUAGGAAAAAUGCUUGGAAAAGCAGUUUAUGAGGGAAUUGUUGUAGAUGUUCCUUUUGCAUCUUUCUUUUUAAGUCAAGUAUUAGGCCAUCAGCACAGUGCUCUGUACAGUUCAAUAGAUGAGCUACCAUCUCUUGAUCCAGAACUAUAUAAAAGUUUGACAUAUAUAAAGCAUUAUAAGAAUGAUAUACAAGAACUGGAUCUUACAUUUUCCUUGGAUGAAGAUUUUAUGGGAAAAUUAAUUACCCAUGAAUUGAUUCCCGGUGGAAAAGCUGUACCAGUAACAAAUGAAAACAAAAUUAGUUAUAUACAUCAUAUGGCUCAUUUUCGAAUGCAUGUGCAAAUACAUGAACAAACAACGGCAUUCAUUCGUGGUUUUCGAUCAUUAGUUAAUCCAGAUUGGUUAACAAUGUUUUCAACUCCAGAAUUACAGAGACUUAUCUCAGGAGAUAAUACUCCUAUUGAUUUAAUAGAUUUGAGACGAAAUACUAAAUAUUUCGGCGGAUUCCAUAAUAAUCACAGAGUUAUUAAUUGGUUAUGGGAUAUACUUGAAAAAGACUUCACUCCAGAAGAACACAGGUUAUUUUUAAAAUUUGUUACAAGUUGUUCAAAACCACCACUUUUAGGAUUUGCUCAUUUAGAACCAUCAUUUUCAAUUAGAUGCGUGGAAGUUAGUGACGAUCAGGAUACAGGCGAUACAGUUGGAAGUGUAUUAAGAGGAUUUUUCACAAUUAAUAAAAAAGAUCCAGUGAAUAGAUUACCUACUUCAUCCACAUGUUUUAAUCUGCUUAAACUGCCAAAUUACCAAAAAAAGAGCACUCUAAGAGAAAAGUUACGAUAUGCCAUAACCAGUAAUACUGGUUUUGAACUUUCAUGAUAUGACAUGUUGAUCAAGUAUUUAUGUAACAACUGUGAUUAUUUAACAUAUAAUACACAGACCAUAUCAAUAGAAAGCCAAUUACAAAAUAUGUGAACAAUGAAAAAGUUAAAUAGUAUAAAUAUAUAUUAUAUAUAUUUAUCAUUAUGCAAUUAUAAUAAUUCAAGGAUUUUAUUAAUAAAGAUA